AUGGUAAACGAAGGCGCAGCGAAGGUAUACGAAAACUCACGCAAUUUUCCUAAUGAGGAGAAGAGAUUAACGAGAGAGUACCAUCUGAGACAGGGAGCGCUGCGUGGGUUAAUAGUGAAACCAGGACGGCAGUAUGAUCUACAGCACGUAGAAGUUUUUUUAGGUAUACCAUAUGCGGCUGCACCAGUUGGAAGUUUAAGGUUUAUGCCCCCAGUGAAUGCUCCACCAUGGUCAGGGGUGAAGAUGGCCACUCGCUUUGCACCAGUAUGCCCUCAGUCACUGCCUAUCAUAAAGAAAGGAGAUCCACCGUCGCUGGGAAGACAAAAUUACAUGAGCAGACUGAAACUGUUUCUGAAAGAAGAAUCUGAAGACUGCUUGUAUUUAAAUAUUUACGUUCCGUACAGAGAACAAAAAUCAAAGAAAUUUCCAGUGCUAGUGUUUAUACACGGUGACUCCUUUGAAUGGAGUUCAGGAAAUCCGUACGAUGGAAGGAUAUUAGCUGCAUACGGUAACGUUAUGGUGAUUACUGUGAAUUUCAGACUGGGGAUAUUAGGUUUUCUAAAACCAAGUCUAACAGAACAUGAGUAUGGAAACAAUGGGUUGUUGGAUCAGUUGGCCGCAUUGAAGUGGAUCAAAGACAACAUUGAGGACCUGAACGGUGAUCCAGAAUCGGUGACAUUAAUGGGUCAUGGCACAGGUGCCGCUUGUGUCAAUUUUCUAAUGCUUUCACCUAUUUCAAAUGCGUUGUUUCAUCGUGCAAUACUUAUGUCAGGAUCGGCGCUUUCUGACUGGGCUAUGACAAAAGACCCCGCUCAAUACACGCUUCAAGUCGCUCAAGGCUUAGGAUGUAACCCAAACUCAAAGAACAUGAUGAGUUGCUUACAAAACAAACCUUUAUCGGAAAUCAAGAAGGUGCAAAUUCUAGCCCGAGAGUUUGAAACGCCUCUUGGUCCCAGUGUAGCUGGGUAUUUUGUACCGAAUGAACCGGAGAAAACAAUGGACGCAUUUCCUAAUUUACUAAGCAAAUAUCAGUUACUAAGUGGUGUAACAGAACUGGAGAGCUAUCACGAUUUUGGUGUCAUAGAACUAGACCAAGGAAUUUUGGAAAAUCAAAGAGAUGAGUUUAUUAGAAAAUUUAUUAAAAUAAAAUUUGAGGGUGCUGAAGUGGAUGUCUUGAGAGAUAUUCUAAGACAAUAUUCGACGUCCAAGUUGGAUCCCCAACGCUGGAAUGUCGACGCGAAUCGUGAUGUCAUACUGAAUUUGUUCAGCGACGCAAGAACCUUGGCACCUAUGAUAAGUUUUGCAAACUACCAGUCUAAAGCUAACCGUCAAUCAUACUUUUAUGUUUUUGGACAUAAUUCAAUCAGCACAGAUUAUGCACCAUUAAAUAAAAGUGUACAUGGUGAAGAGUUGCCUUAUGUAUUAGGCAUUCCACUAGGAGGUGCCAACUCACAUUUCCACGCGGAGUAUACACCACAGGAGAAAUUACUCAGUGAGGUUGUUAUGCGAUUGUGGACAAACUUUGUAAAAAACGGAUCCCCCAAUACACAAAGUGUAAAUGAGUACUACACUUUGGAUAAAAAACAAUGGACCCAGUAUAACGUUGAAUGGCCGGAGUAUACCGAAGCUCAGCAACCAUUUUUAAAAUUAGAUAUUCCACCUUCUAUCAGCAGUUCAUAUAGAAAAAACUUUACGAGUUUCUGGCUAGAUUUAUUGCCGAAUAAGAUGAAAAGAUAUAUAAUCGAUCCAUUAUUUGAGUAUACUGAUAAACCAACGACGCUAAAACCUAAGUCGAUACAGAGGAUAAUAGAUCCCAUAAGAAAAAUAUGGUCACCUCAAGUAAUUAAUCCAACUUACUACCAUUCUCCGUCCUACGGUAAAGUGCGACCAUUCUCACAGCCAGAACGAAAAACAGACACUGAUAAGAUAUAUCGUGAAAUACAGUCAAUAAAAGCGCCAUCAAGACCUGUACCGCCUAGGCUAAUGGAAAAGGUCACUUAUGGUACUUACUCGACUACUGCAAAGCCCGUAACAUUAAACACCAUGGCAGUAAAAACCUCUAGCGCGACUAUAACUCUUCUCAUUUCAAUAGGGGUUCUGUUCCUGGCAAUUAAUUUUGGAAUAUGUGGCGUAUUCUAUUUAAAGAAGCGACGAAUUCGUUUGCGAGAUAGAAAUUUCGAACCUACGCGACAAACACGUGCUGAAAUUGGCGAAGUUGAUGUUAUAGGGCAAAAGAGUUCCAAGGAAGAUAAAAGUGCUUUUCGAACGCUUAAAAAUGGGUGUAGUGUAAUAAAAACAAUUGGUUUAAAUAAAAUGCGAGGAAGUACUAAUAGUAAAAAGGUUAAAAAGAAAGAAGUGUGUAAAACUCCAAAGUCUGAUGAUUCAGGUGGUUUUCGUGAAAGAUUUCAAUUAAGAAGACAUUUAUCAACUAGCACUUUGGACGCUAAUACAAAAGUAAGGGACUGGAUAACCAAUGAAGUAAUGCACCGAUGUUCACCAAGUAUUCUCAGAAAGUCGAAUUUAGACUUAAGCAGUGAUAAGCAAUUAAGUCCAAAGAAAGCAUUUACACGAUCCGAAGAAAUUUUAUCAGAAGUUAAAAGAAACAAUAAAGAUUUAAAUUUAAAUGAUAACGUUACACCUAAGAAUGUUCUAGCACAAAAUUAUCAGAACAGAAAAGCUAAAACCUCCGAAAAGACAACCUCCACCUCGGCACUUGGCUCUCACUCCUCCCUAGGUAGUAAUAAACAGUCAGUGAUUAGUAAACAUACGGCUCAAUCAAUCGAUUCAUUAAAAAGUAAGGGAACAGAAAGUAUUAAGUCCAAAAAAGUUUCUGUAGCCAUAGAUGCUACGCCAUUCGCUCGUAGAAACUCUAUUCUGACACAAGAACCUAUAGAGUUAUCGAAAUCAUUUGAAAGUAAAAAUUCAGAACAUUCCAAUAAAGAAUACAAAUUACAAAGGUCCAAAACUGAAGAAGAUUGCAAGUCCCAUACUAUUGAAAUUAAACCUAUUAUACAAGAAAGAGAGCAUAAGCUAUUUACCAAUAUUAUAACGUUAUCAUUGCAACAAGAAAAGCCUUUGAAAAUUUCUCAUAAGCAUUCCUCAUCAGAUCCUGUAACAGACGUUAAUUAUGAUUUACUAAUUAAAGAAAAAGUGAAUUCGGGGUCAUACACACCAAAUAUUCUUCCUCCAUCUAGUUUUAGGAAUAAUGUUAACGUUACUUCAAAAGAUGAGUUGUCACAUAAAGAGCCACUAUCUGCUGACGAGGCACUUAUGACAAUAAAGAGACGAAAUUUUCCAAAAGUUUUACCAGAUUUUCCAAAUGCUCAAAAAAGGUUAUCAUUACAACCUACCACUCUGCAAUCUUUUAGAAGCUACCCGGGAAAUAUAGAAAAUAUUUUUGAAAAACCUAGAGUUCCACCGCAGCCUCCGCCACGUACCACAACUUUAGAACGACGACUUGCAUAUAAAAACACAAAACCUUUUUCUUCCUUUGGCAUUUCAAAUCAAGUUAAUUCUGAAACAGUACCAGAUAAAAAUUACGAAAAUAUAGGCACUUUGACUUCAAACUCUGAUAGUCAUGGAAAAUCUAAUAAGUCAUUAGAAAGCAGCUCAGGGACAUAUUAUGAAAAUACUGAAAAACGACGGGAUUAUCCAAAAGUAAUUAUAGCUUCCAUUGACAUGCCAACUACAUCAGAUUCAAAAAUUGUAAUACAACCUUCUCCCAGUCAAGUAGAUAUUUCGUCAAAUGUACCACGCGUAAAAUUACCAGAGGAUUUUCAUUCUCGUUCAACUGGUUCCGCAACAUCGUUUUCAUCUAUUUGUUCGGAUUAUAAUGACGAUGUAGAAGAAGGCAUUGAUGACGAUUUUCUCGAUGAUAUUGCUGAAGACAAACUCAUUCAAGAAUUAGUAGGAGGUGUCGAGUCACCGACUAAUACUGUUAUUUUGGACUCAAAAGGACCAGAAACAAUUUUUGAAAAAAGGCUUGAAAUCGUACCAGUUAAAUUAAAUACGGUCCAGGUUACACCCAAAGUAAGAGAUGAUUACAUUUUCGUGUCGGACUUAUUUUUACCUGAGGUUUUUGACACUGAAAAAACAGCCCAAAUAAAACCAAACUUUGGUUUAAAUAAGCUUCAGCAAAGAAGUGAAAGUAUUAAUAAGCCACCAGAAAAGGCUAUAAAAGUGAAGCAAAAAAAAACCAUUAAACCCUCGGUUAUUUUGAACAAAGGAAUUAAAAGCCGCAGAAGUGAUAUUGCAAAAAACAAUGCUACAAGCAAACUCGAACAUUCAAAUUCGGGUUCAUCUAAUGAUACAGAAACGAGUACAGGGACGGUUAAGAAGCUGGAAAUAAAACAUUAA